CCAAUCUUCAUCUAUAUAGACACAAUCUCAACACCACCAUUACCACCACCACCAUCACCCUAAACUACUUCAAAUUAACUGCCAAAACCUCCCCAUUCCUCCUCAAGAAAUGGCAUCCCAAACCAUCGAGAGUCAUCGGGAAGGUGCAGAGAUAGUAAAAGGUGACGCUGCUUGCAAGAAGAAGGCGGCCGAAGUGCUCGGAGAGCUCGGUCUUCCUAAUGGUUUAUUUCCAUUGGAUGACAUUCAAGAAUUUGGUUACAACCGCGCAGGUGGAUUCAUUUGGCUUGUCCAGAAGAAGAAGAAGGAACACACAUUCAAGAAGAUCAAACAAGUUGUGUCUUAUGCCUCUGAGGUGACUGCCUUUGUUGAGAAGGGAAAGAUGAUGAAGAUCAGCGGAGUGAAGACUAGAGAGCUUCUUCUUUGGCUGUCUGUUGUGGAGAUGUACAUUGAGGAUCCUUCUUCUGGGAAGAUCACCUUCAAGACCGGCACUGGCCUCUCUGAUAGCUUCCCUGUGUCUGCUUUUGAGCUUGAGUAGAGAGAUACACUUAAGCUCUUUUAUCUUCAUCGAUCAUAUGCAUUUUGUUUCUUUAUUUUUGUUUAUGAUUGUACGUGUGUAAACUUCUGAUCCAUUUAUAAAUUUACUUUUGAA